CAGGAGAGAAGAGAGAGGCAGACACCCAAACUAUUUUGAAGACAGCGUAUUUUCAGCUUCAGUGCAACACAACCCACAGGUAGAAACUGGAGGAAAUGAAAGCCCAGCAGCCAACAGGAGAUGUGGAGGCCUUGAUACAGAUGCAAAAUGGGCUUCCUGUUUCACCACCACAGGAAGUGGCGGGCAGAGGCAACAAGGUGCGCACGCAGCAGACGUCCUUGCCGUGUCUCACCACUUCAGCAAGAAACCCAUUAUGGAUAAAGACUAUGUUGGCUUCGCUACGUUGCCCACCCAGGUCCACAGGAAGACUGUGAAGAAGGGGUUUGACUUCACUCUGAUGGUAGCAGGAGAAUCUGGACUGGGAAAAUCCACUCUCAUCAACAGCCUUUUCUUGACUGAUCUGUACAAGGACCGAGCACUUCCAGAUGCACAAACCAGGAUCCCCCAGACUCUGGAAAUUGUCAAACAUGCCGUAGAUAUUGAAGAACGAGGAGUGAAAGUCAAGCUGACGGUGAUUGAUACCCCAGGAUUUGGGGACGCAGUAGACAACACUGAGUGCUGGAAACCAAUUGCCAAUUACAUCAACGGCCAGUUUGAACAGUAUUUUCAGGAUGAGAGCGGCCUCGACCGCAAGAAUAUUCAGGAUGGGCGUGUCCAUUGCUGCCUCUACGUCCUCUCGCCUUUUGGCCAUGGGCUCCGCCCCCUGGAUAUAGAAUUCCUCCGAGCCAUCCAUGACAAAGUCAACAUUCUGCCUGUGAUUGGAAAAGCGGAUUGCUUGACUCCAACAGAGGUGCAGCACAAGAAAGAAAAGAUUCGGCAGGAGUUAGCAGCCAACAGCAUCUGCAUUUAUGAAUUUCCUGACUGUGACUCCGAUGAAGACGAAGAGUUCAAAGCUCAGGAUGCUGAGAUGAAGAGAAGCAUCCCUUUUGCUGUGGUUGGAUCCAGCCAUGUGGUCAGAGAAUUAAAGGACAAAGUAUUUCGAGGAAGACAGUAUGCCUGGGGAACAGUGGAAGUGGAGAACGCCACACACUGUGACUUCGUUAAACUUCGGAACAUGUUGAUCCAAACCCACAUGCAGGACUUGAAGGAUGUGACCCACGAGGUUCAUUACGAAAACUACCGCGCACAGUGCAUUCAGAGUCUCACCAGACCGGGAGCUCGGGACCGCAGUAGCCGCGCGAAACUGUCACGCCAGAGUGCCACUGACCUGUCUGUCCUGCCCAUGACUGAGACAGAGAAAUUAAUUCGUGAGAAGGAUGAGGAGCUCCGUCGGAUGCAGGAAAUGCUACGGAAAAUGCAGGAACAGAUGCUACAGAGCAAGGGGGAACAAUGUGACAGCCUCUGAAAGAGACUAGAGCUCUUCUUCCAAGAACCACAGGAAUCCCAAAGGGAGAAGAGAAGCACUCCAGCCAAUCUUCCUGCAGCCAGGGACCAGAGGAGCCACCAGCUUUGGAAAACGGCCAGGUUAGCUCUGGCAAAUGAACUGUGCAUUUUUUUAAAAUCCCACCUUUACUAUUUUUAUAAAUAAGGCAGCGAACAUACCUAAUACUCCU